AUGGCGCAGCCGCACAUUCGUCCUUUUAAAAUCCCAAAUGAAAGUCCUCACAAUUAUCGUUUUAAACUUCAAGAGAUUGUUUUUUAUGGCGAAUCCCGAUUGCGUAAGGCUUUAGGCGAGAUAUUUAAAAAGCCGGCAAAGAUGCAGGGGUGGAUGCAGUUUGCUUUACAGAAAGAAUUGAAAUUCUUUAUAAGCUACGUUGGAUUAGCAACAUCAACUGGACAAGUCAUUGAUGUGCCAAUCAUUUUAAGAUCCCUGGCAGACUCCUUAGCAUUAAUUCCCCCGGAGAACCUUCCCAUACCAUUUGACGUACGCUUCUUAGAAGUCAUGGAAUGCGCACCACGAGAGAAUGCUGAGUUCCGGGUUGUUGCUGCUUAUAAAAAUGCAUGGUGGACUGGCACGCAUAUAACAAGCCGAAAUGGGAUUAUUACAACGAAAUGGUUGGAUAUUUGUCUCAGGUUCCAUCGUGAACAACUGCGUAAAGAUGGUCGAGGCGUCCCUCAGCCCUCCAACUUUCACACAGAUCCCAUUUUUCGCCAGGAAGAUCUCAUCAAACCAAAUGCUGGCGAGUUUCUAUACAAUCAAUUACAACAAACACAUGGUGUUAUCCGUGCGCUGGUCACAGAGAACGAGGAGGAGUACAGGUUGCAUUGCAGGAGAACAUCUGGGUACUGGAUGGUUUACAACGCUGCCCUACUAAAGGAGCUUCACUCGCCGGGCGACCCUCAUGUUGACGAAGUCAUGAAGGCUCGGUGGAAAUCUGGCGAAGCAGCUUGGGAUGCCCAGAAAGCGUUCAACAAUGCUACUGCAAAUACAAAGCAUCAUUCUCAGUGGAUUUCCGGAGUAUCCCUGACACCCGAUGAGGUUCUGUCACUGCAGAACAGGGAAGCGCCUCCAGACCGUGAAACCCAUAGCAGCGCAAUGGAUGGAAAUUCUAGCAAACAUGGAAUGAAAGUGGGCAAUGUAAAAUCGGCCGACAAUACUAAUGGGAGUACACAUAUAUUCGAUGCAAAACAUAAUAUCUGGGAACACGCCGACAUUGCUGAUCUAUUAGCGGAGCUUCCUCACUCCCCACCCCCAACGGUGUCGCCAAUGACACCGCCAAAGAGAUCGACGAACAUAUCGCCAAGAACGUCGCCAAACCCUUCGUCAAACCCUUUGCCAAAUCCUUCGCCAAAUCCUUCGCCAAACCCUUCGCCAAACCCUUCGCCAAACCCUUCGCCAAACCCUUCGCCAAACCCUUCGCCAGAGUCGUCGCCAAAGGUGUCGCCAGAGUCGACACCAAAGUCGUCGUCAAAGCUAGUUGACAAACGCAGCGAGAAUAAUCAUCGCAAUGAUUUUCCCUGGCGACUGAGCCUGUCCAGUGCGGAGAAUGAGACAUACCUCGGCAUGCUCUACAACAACCUGCCUCAAUCUCCACACCCAGAACCGCCAACACUGACGUCACCACACGCAUCUGGCGAUAUGGACACUUCCCUUGACAAACUGUCGCAUUCCACGCAAAUGGACUCCCCAUCACGCUCACCUGCUAGCAAGGAUCUCAUCUGGCUUCUAGACAAUUUUCCGCAGUCUCCAAUCGGCGACGCAGAGAAGCAGGCAGACCUCGCCAUGCUUUUCAACAAUCUGCCUCCGUCUCCGCACCCAGAACCAUCUCUACUGUCGUCACCACACUCUCCCAGUAAUAUGGACACAUCCCUCGAUAAACCGACACAAUCUAUGCAAAUGGACAUUCCAUCACGCUCACCUGCGAGCACAGACCUCAGCAUGCUGUUAGACAACUUUCCACAGUCUCCGAUCAGUAGCACCCACAACGCAAUCCAAAACACGCCAGCCGAGUCCAUGGCUGACAAGCCAUCGACACCACCACAUUCGGCACCCGAGUCUUCAAAUGAACUGCACCUACUGUUCAACAGCUUUCAGGCCUCGCCAAAUGUCGAAUCGCAUGUCAAAGGUGAUGUAGAAGAACUCGAGCAACUGUUUAUUAACUUAUCACCUUCUCCGAGUACGAGGGAACAGGGAAAUUAA